UGGAUGUUCAACCACCGAGCCAGGCCGGCGGGGCCAGUCCUCCCUUUUAAAUAGGGACAUAGGGACCACCCACCCCCGUCACACACGCACACGGGCUAUUACACCGUCACCCUCUUCACAGACCCUCACACGGCGGAGCCGACCACAAACCCCAGGGUUGCUCCUGAGGCCGGAGCUGCGCCUGACUCCCAGAUAAUUGCACUUGAAGGUGAAGGAGGCGAAGAAAUGGCCAAAGGAAUUGGAUUUGUGCCUCGGCAAGUACAGCAGGCGCCUGUCCUGGGAAGACGCCAGCCUGCAGGCCUCCAGGGACUUUGGAUUUUGGCCCCUUGGCCACUAUGCCUAGGGCCGAGGAGCACGUGCCCGCAUGGGGUCUGGCGGUGGCCUGGCCACGCGUGGGGGACCCAGACCCGCAGCCGUGACUCACCCUCCUUGCCCUGCUGAUAAAGGGCUUGGAGAGAUCGAUUGUGUUUUCAAUUGGGAUCAUUGCACAGAGAAUAACAGCUCUGGGCCACUUCCGAAGGAAAACAAACCCUCCAAGGAAGUGCUGCGUAGUCUCGGGUAGAGACAGGGCAAUGGGGGGCUCGGCUGCCUGGCAGGGACCACUUCCUGGAGCCACUCUGGCUCCCUUGACCCCAGUGCUGAGGGGAUGGCAGCUCUUGCUUUCUUCCCAUGUGUUUGUGACAGAAAUACCCUUCCAGUGACUCACCACGAGCCUGGCUGGUGAGGCUCACGCAGUGGGGACCGCAGACUGUGUGCCCACCGGGAAGGCGCUGGGCCCGCAGCCCCGGGGGGGUGUGUGCGCCCAUGUGCCCACUUGCUGAGCUAAGCCCCAGGCAUUUAAAAGGAGAAGUGAGAGGAGGCAGCCCUGGCUUUCUGAAAGGCUUACUCGGCCUUAGGCUAUAAAAACAUGAUUGGCCGGUUGGCCGGGACUUCACUGGCCAAAGUGCAGCCUGGUGUCUUCUCUCUCCAAGCAGUGCCUUCGCUCUUCUGGCUGAAAGCAAGUAAGCAGCACAUCUUCCCGGAGCGAGGAUGGAGGAGAAGGGCACGGUCAAGAGGGAAGGGAGGCUGACACCGAUGCUUGUCCUGGCCACGCUGAUCUCGGCCUUCGGGUCCUCCUUCCAGUACGGCUACAAUGUGGCCGCUAUCAACUCCCCUUCAGAGCUCAUGAAAACAUUUUACAAUGAGACCUACUAUGAUCGGACCACUUACUACCUGAGCGACUUCUCCUUGACGCUCCUGUGGUCUCUGUCUGUGUCCAUGUUCCCCUUCGGCGGCCUCGUCGGGUCCCUCAUGGUCGGCUUCUUGGUGAAUAAGCUUGGGAGGAAAGGGACCUUGCUGCUGAACAACGUCUUCUCCAUCGUGCCCGCCAUCUUGAUGGGUUCCAGUGAAGCUGUCCACUCGUUUGAGAUAAUCAUUCUCUCCAGGCUGCUGGUGGGCAUCUGUGCAGGUCUGUCUUCCAACGUCGUCCCUAUGUACCUGGGGGAGCUGUCCCCCAAGAACCUGAGGGGAGCCCUGGGGGUGGUGCCCCAGCUCUUCAUCACCGUGGGCAUCCUCGUGGCCCAGAUCCUGGGCCUUCGGAGUCUCCUUGCAAACGAGAAAGGCUGGCCCAUCCUCCUCGGGGUGACUGGGAUCCCCGCGGCUCUGCAGCUCCUGCUGCUGCCCUUCUUCCCGGAGAGCCCCAGGUACCUGCUGGUUCAGAAGAAAAACCCCGAAGCGGCCAGGAAAGCCCUGAAAAGGCUGCGUGGAUGGGACGACGUGGAAGACGAGAUGGAGGAGAUCCGGCUGGAGGACGAGGCCGAGAAGGCUGCGGGCUUCAUCUCCAUAGUGAAGCUGUUCAGGAUCAGGUCCCUGCGCUGGCAGCUCAUCUCCAUCAUCGUCCUCAUGGGCGGCCAGCAGCUGUCGGGAGUGAACGCGAUCUACUACUACGCGGACGAGAUCUACAAGAACGCGGGGGUGGCAGAAGAUAACGUCCAGUAUGUGACGGCGGGCACGGGGGCUGUCAACGUGGCGAUAACCAUUUUAGCCGUGUUCGUGGUGGAGGUUUUGGGGAGGAGAAUGCUGCUGCUCCUGGGCUUCUCCAUCUGCUGCUCCGCCUGCUGCGUGCUCACGGCCGCUCUGGUUCUGCAGACCACCAUCUCCUGGAUGCCUUACCUCAGCAUCGGCUGUGUCCUCAUCUACGUCAUAGGACACGCCCUGGGGCCCAGUCCCAUCCCCGCACUGAUCAUCACCGAGAUCUUCCUGCAGUCCUCCCGGUCCUCGGCCUACAUGGUGGGGGGCAGCGUCCACUGGCUCAGCAACUUCACGGUGGGCUUGCUCUUCCCCUUCAUUCAGGAGGGCCUCGGGCCCUACAGCUUCAUCAUUUUUGGUGGGGUGUGUUUUCUCACCACCGUCUUCGUGUUCCUGGUGAUCCCCGAGACCAAGGGCAAGACAUUCAUGGAGAUCAACCAGACCUUCGCCAAGAUGAAUCAUGUGUCCGAGGUGUACCCAGAAAAUGAGGAGCUAAAGGAGAUUCCGGAGGAACGCAAGAAACUUCCGGAGGAAAUGGAACUUCCGGAGGAAACAGAACUUCCGGAGAAACGGAAGGAACUUCCGGGGGAGCAAAAGGAACUUCCGGGGGAGCAAAAGGAACUUCCGGGAGAGCAAAAGGAACUUCCGGAGAAGCUCAAGUCCGUCUCGCAGGAACUAAACUUGGUGUCGGAGGGACUAAAGGAACUUCCGGAGGAAGUGAAGUCCGCGUUGGAGGGACUAAAGGAACUUCCGUCGGAACUGAAGUCCGCGUCGGGGGGACUAAAGGAACUUCCGGCGAAACUGCAGUCCGUGUCGGAGGAUCUAAGGGCAGUUUCAGAGGCGCUGAAGGCCGUGGCCGAGGAACGUGAGGAGGAACUGAAGGAGCUUUCGCCCUCCGCCUCAGAGCAGUAACUCGGGAGGAGGUGCCUGCUAAGUGGUCGACAGCCUGGAGCCCCCUUCUUGGGUUUUUUUUCUGAGUAACAGUUGUCUAUAAAUAUCCAGAACUAGGACAGUCCAGUGUGGGAUGCAGGCCCCAAAGGGCUUCCGUGCAGUUACGAAAGCCAGACUGCCCCCUCCCCAGGCCCAAGUCACAGUGAGCAGCCGUCCUCCCGCCAUGGCGGGGUUAGCCUUUGUGUGGCUCCUGUAACACCGGCUUUUAGGACAAAAAGCAUUAGUGCGGCGGUCAGAGAGAAGGAAUCCAAUUUGGCCAGAGAAGCAAUCCUUUCUCCAACCCCGUGGGUCUUCUGGGGGCCACGGGCCUGUGUUCAGAGCAGAAUUCAUCCUCUUGUCGGAUCCACCUCCAGCAUCACCGCUCCGGGAAAGUGUGCGGUCGCAAGCAACGAUGUCCAGAAAGGUGGAGAGCAGGUCCCUACGGAGACUUGAACCAAGUCAGGGAUUGUUAAUCCUAAAUUAUACUGUUAGAGGACAGUGGAAUUGCCUCUGAAUACUCAAUAAAACAAAUGCGAUCAUUUUUCA